AUGCGUCUCUCCUCGCGCUCGCCGCUCAAGUCCCUCGAGACCAUCCUCCCGGGCCCCGUCCAGCUCGCGCCCUCGCCCCCGCCCACCCCCAAGCUCACGUCGACCCUCGUCUCCCGCAGGGUGCGCUAUCGGGGCGUCUACCUCCUGCUCCUCAUCAUCUCCCUCUCCGCCUACUUCUGCCUCAUCCACCCCACCUUCUCCUCCCGCCUCGCUGUGCGCGGCUCGCGGCCCCUGCCCCCCGACCCCCUCGCUGCCGCGCUCGACUCCAUCCGCGCGCAGAUGGUCCACGGCCAGCGGCGACCGCACCUCGGCGGCUCCCCGCUCGUCCUCGACGCGCCGCAGGAGCUCGCGGCCGUGUCCAGCUUCCUCGCGAGCCUCAGGAGCAACAGCAUCCCGCACUUUGUCGACCCGAGCCAGCCGAUCGACCCCGAGCUCGUGCUCGAGUUCGACACGCGGAGCCCGCGCGCGCAGGAGGAGGUCCGCGUCAUGGUGAAGGACGUCUGGGCGCAGAACCCCGUCUUCCUCUACUCCAAGCGCGCGUCCGCGGCCUCGCGCGAAGUCAAGGCCUGGCUCAGCGAGCUCAACCUGGCGCCGACGCCCACGAUCAUCGACAUGGACACCCGGUCAGACGCGGACGUCCUCGCCCCGCUCCUCAUGCGCCUCACAGGUGCAGACUCGCUCCCCAUCAUGCUCGUCGGCGGCGAGCCCGUCGUACGCGACAUGGACGAGUUCCGCGCCCUCCGGGACAGCGGUGAGCUUAAGACGCGGAUAAGCGAGGCUGGCGCCGUCGUUGGCGGUGCUCAGCGCCGCAAGAAGCACUAG